AUGCGUGCGCUUCUGCUGAUCGGGUACUCCACCGACAUGAUGGCCCAGAUGAAGCUGUUCGGGAAAAUCUUGACCGAGUUCGCGUCAAUCUUGUCGGUCGUCGCUAUGUUCCUUGGAUUCUUCGCUUGGUUCGGAAAUGUCACCUUUGCGGGAGAAGAACGAUCGGUUUACUUCCCAAACUUCGUGGACGCGUGCUGGAACCUGCUCGUGAUGCUCACUACCGCCAACUUCCCGGACGUUCUGGUGCCGGCCUACACCCGCAACCGCGCCGCCGGCCUUCUCUUCUUCCCCGCCGUGGUCUUGGGCGUCUUCGUCCUCAUGAACUUCCUGCUGGCGUCGACGUACGACAAGUACUCCCACGGGCACCAGGAGCUGCUGGAUAAGAUGCUGCACAUGCGGGACAAGAACUGCGCCGCAGCGUUCGACCGUCUCGCCGCGGACGGCGAAAGCAAAUUGAGCACCAGCGUGAUGGAGGAGCUCCUGACCGAGGUCAACGUAUGCCUGGGAGCAGGGCCGGCGGAGUUGGACAGGCUGGCGGCCGAUCAGAGAACGCUGCUGGUUCAGUUGAUGGACGACGACGGAGAUUGUGGCAUCAGCAAGAACGAGUUCCAUGCUGUCAUCACGCUUCUCCAGUUACGGUUAGAGAAAUUUUCUCCAAAGACGUUCGUCGAGACAUGGCUCCCAGAUUUGUACAACAGCAGCUUCUGGCAGCGGCUGUGCAAGAUCAUUAAGCACCCGUGGUUCGAGUACGGCGUAGACGCGGUGCUCAUGCUGAACGCCCUUCUUCUGCUGGUGGAAUCUGCCGAAGCACUUUCGGGAGAGGCUGUCCAACGAGACGGCGGCAUCUCCGAAAAGAACGCCUGGCUACAAGCGGAGGGGACGGAUCACGGACUCAACUCUCUGCUCGGCUGGGUGUACGUGGUGGAAAUGACCCUCAAGAUUCUCGUGUUUGGCUGGAACGGAUACUGGUCCAAGAAUCGCAACCGGUUCGACGGGGUCAUCACCCUCGGAGGUGUUUUCACUGAACUCCUGCUCAAGACCACGACCAUCUCUACGACUCUCAACCUACAAAACGUGGUGGUCUACUUCGUCACCUUCCGACUGCUGCGAGUCGCCCGCCUGAUGGUGGCUGUGCCUGAGAUGAGGAUCGUCAUGACUACGUUCGGCAACAUCGCACCGGAGGCGUUUCAGUUCAUGAUGCUGCUCUUCGUCUGCGGGUUCACCUUCUGCGUGCUCGGAGUGCAGCUUUUCGGAGGCCUGGUUCAUUCCGACCCCGACAGCCCAACCAACGAGCACCUCAAGGAUACGUCAUACGGACAGUCCAACUACUGGGCUUUCAACUUUAACGACAUGCCGAGCGGGAUGGGGACUCUCUUCUGCCUUCUGGUUUUGAACAACUGGUUCGUGUUUGUGGAUGUCUUCGUCAAAGCUAGCGGCGACAACAAGUGGAACCGAUGGUUCUUCGUGGCCUUCUAUGUGCUCGGCGUGCUCGUGAUCCUAAACUUGGUCAUCGCGGUUGUGCUGGAAAAUUUCAUCAUUCAGUGGACAGCGAGGCGCACGAGGCACGCGGAGAAGAUGAACUUCCUAGAGCAACACGCGCACGACCAGAGCGAGGAGGUGGAGGACCACCGGACCACCAGCAAGCCUAACGGGGCUCAGUACAGGGUCAGGCUGGCGUCUUCCGUCAAGAUGAUCGAGAAGGAUGACGUCAUCAAGCGGUUCCUUCAACUUGAGCAAAGAGACAGGGUUGGACAGUUGUCCGACUCAACGCCUGCGGAUGAUCCCCUUGGGGAAUCCAUGCGUCGACUACUAGGAUUUGUGCGUGGCAACAGCGGCGGAACGGGUCCACGCCAGCCCAUGCGCCAGGCUUCAUCACACCUGCUGGCAGGGGACCCCUCGCAGGACAGGGUGGUGGGGACCUUGCGGAGGGCCAGCAGCGUUGACGAGGACACCAUUUUAUUGACCACUGUCGAUGGCGGCCUCCCGAACUACGGCCAGCGCGGUGUCAGCAUCAGCAUCAGCAGCAACAGCAGCAAUAACAGCAGCCCCGAGUAGGAACGUGUUUCCGAAGGGUAUCCCACCAUGAAAACAGACCAACCUUCAAGGGUAAGGAAGUGGGUCGCCACCGUCGCUGGAAAAGGUGCGGCGGGAAUAGCGGUGGUGUCGGCGGCAACAGCGGACGCAGCGGUUAUUCUCAACCUUCGCCGAUUUCUUCGUGUAUCGAUUGUUUCCGAUUUGCAUGUUUCACUGCGUGAUUUCGAAUGUUUUACGGUCCGGUUUGAAUGUUUUCCUGUCCGGUUCGAGUAUUUUACUGUCCAUCCUGCCGUAGGCGGUCAUACAUAUAUGUUAAGUCUCCACCUGUACAUUACUCGAUCCUAUCGUAAACCGUACUUUAUCGAUUGUGGUCAUCAACAUUUCGAUGUGCAUGAAACUAAACGAAAUACGAAAGCGGGCUAAGCAAGCGACUAUCAGAGUAUAUUGGGGACCACCGUCGCAUGUUCAAUUGGGGAGUAGAAAAUAUGGCUUGCUGCGGUGCACGUAUCCUAUGGGAUUACUUCUGUCUGCUUGUAUUGGUCGGGAUCAAGAGUUGAACCCAAACUUGUGAUUGUAUCUACUUUGUCCUUCUGUUUCACAGUGAUCAGUGAUCGCCCGUUUGAGCCUGGUGUGACAUUACGAAAAUAUCGGGCUUGCCGCGUGGCAUGUAUCCCGUGGAACUAUCUCUGCCUUUAUUCGUAGGGAUCAGUUACUGAAUCCAAAGUUGGUGAUUGUCUCUGCUUUAUCCUUUCACAGUUAUUGCCCUUUUCAGCCUGGUGUGAGAUUGCAUGAACAUCGGAAUUGCCGUGGUGCACGUAUACUGUGGGGCUAUCUCUGUCUGCUUGUUUUCGUCGGGAUCAAUUACUGAAUCCAAAGUUGGUGAUUUUCUCUGCUCUGCUUUAUCCUUUCACAGCUAAAGCCCUUUUAAGCCUGGUGUGAGAAUGCAAGAAUAUCGGGCUUGCCGUGGUGCACGUAUCCGGUGGGACUAUCUCUGUCCGCUGUUUUUCGUCCGGUUAACGAGGAACCCAAACUUGUGAUUGUACUUGUAUAAUGUACGUUUGUCCUUCUGCUUCACAGUCAUGGCCCUUUUAAGCCUGGCGUGAGAAUGCGAAAAGUUAGGGCUUGCCGUGGGGCAUGUAUCCUGUGGAACUAUAUCUGUCUGGUUUUAUUCGUCGGGAUCAAGAUUUGAACCCGAAGAAUUGGUUGGUUUCUCUGCUUU